CUCACUGGCCUCCUGCAUCCUGAGGAUGAUGGCCCAGCCAGAGGACAAGGCCUCAGCGGGCCCCACCAAUGGGGAGAGUAUCCAACUGCCUUCCUCUGUCCCCUGGUCUCCUGGUCCCUGCAUGUCCCAGACUGAUCCCAUCACAGGCGAAUGGAACAGCUGAGACCCCCUUAAGGGUCCUUGGGACCCCAGAGUCACUCCUUCGCCUUCAGAGGACAUGGGGGGUAUGGCAGGUCCCAGAGCUGGGUGCCCAGGAUGCGAAAGCCCUUCUGGAGCUGUGGCCACCAGGGAGUUUCCUGGUCACAGGACAUGAUCCCAGACAGGUCCUGGUGUUGAAGACAGGACCUUCACCAGAGGAUGUCAACACCUACCAGAUCCAGAAGCUUCCUGGAGGUGUGUCUCUGGAAUCCUCUCACCUCUGCAUGUCAGACGUGCCCCAUCUCCUGGCCUUCCUAUCAGCCAGCAGAUCCUCUGCAGAUUGCCAGCAUCCAACUCAGCACCUCAGGGAGCGUGCUCUUCGUGGUGAACAAGCUCUACCUGGAGACCCACAGAGGGUGGGAGACGGAGCAGACACCCCCAGAGACAACUCCAGAGACUGCAGAGAGACACGAUCCAGCCCCCAGGAACCCAGCCCCUCACCGGGUCUCCUGGGUGGAAGGCCCGCUCAGCCCAGAAGUACACCAUCCUAGGCCCCCUCUGGCCAGCCUGGUGGAGGAGAAGGAGAAAGAGGAGGAGGAGGACUACAAAGAUGAAGAGGAGAGGCCUGAGGACGUGCUCACUCAUCAUAUCCGGGUUCUAGUCAGGGCCCGGAGCAGCUACGUGGCCAGGCAGUUCCGGGGCUUUCGGGCGCGCCUCACCUCAGCUGCUGGGGGCCCCCACAGGCCUGGGGACCCGGCCACAGAGCUGCUUCAGGAUGUGCGGCACCUCCUUACUGACCUCCAAGAUCACUUAGCAAAGGACCCCGAUGUCAGGGCUGUCUUUGCGAGCAAGGGGCCUGGGGCCCCCCAAGAGGAUGCAGAUCUAGGCCCCGCGGUGGAGGCCGCCUUGUGCCAGGCGGUGCUGGCGCCUCUGAAGCCGGCCCUGUGGACUCGACUCCGCACGCUCCGCGCCCCAGAGCUGCGGCUACUACGCCGGCGACAGAUAGCUCUGCGGGCGGAGGCGGGGCCUCCGGGCGCUCAGGGGGCGGGGCAUGAGAGGCGGGGCCCCGCCCCCGCCCUGCGGAGCCGCAUCCACUCGCGCCUGGCGAACCUCCACGCAGCCUGCGCUCCACGCCGCAAGGUGUCUCUCCUGCUGGCGGUGUGCGGUGACGUCUACGAGGGCCUGGCUCGGGACGAGCACCAGGAGCCCCUGGGGGCCGACGCCUUCCUGCCAGCGCUAACAGAGGAACUAAUCUGGAGCCCGGACAUUGGUGAGACGCAGCUGGACGUGGAGUUUCUCAUGGAGCUCUUGGAUCCGGACGAGCUACGGGGAGAAGCCGGGUACUACCUGACCACGUGGUUUGGGGCCCUAUACCACAUUGCCCACUACCAGCCAGACACAGGCCGCGCGCCCCAGGGGCUCAGCUCUGAGGCCCGGGCCUCCCUGCGCCAGUGGCACCGCAGGCGAACGCUGCACAGACAGAGCCCCGACGAAGAUGAGGUGAUCGCCCCUCUGGACUGCGGGUGGAGGCGGGGGUCUGGACCUGUUGCCUUUCUGACCCAGGCUCCUGCCUCUCCCCACAGGCCAAGCUGCCCUUUGAGGAACCAUGGGCAAUAGAGACAGUGCAAGAGACCAAUGAUGAUUAGAGAUCUCAAGCCCUUCUGCUCCGCAAGCAAGAUUCCGGAGGCACCUGGGACAGCACCAACUGUAGUUUAGAUUAAACCAAGAAGGAGGGAUUCCCAGGAAAAGGCCAUGGGUGUGAAGAAAGACCCCUGAGCCAUUGGCUGUUCCUGCUUCCUGGAAUGCCAUCCUCAAAUAUCCACGCUGCUCUUUCCCUCCCUUCCUUUCAGGUCUUUUAGGCAGAUGUCACCUUUUCAGUGAGGCUCUCUCCCAGACACCCCUGUCUAAAACUACAGCUUCUCUGGCUUGACCCACUCUGUGGCAAACAGAAUAAUGCCCCCUUCCCAAGAUGUCCACCUCCCAAUCCCUGUAAUCGUUAAAUAUGUUACCUUAAGUGAUGAAAGGGACUUUUACAGAUGUGAUUAAAUGAAGGAUCUUGCAAGGGGGAGAUUAUCCUGGAUUCAGGUGGGCCUGAUGUAAUCCUCAGGGUUCUUAUAAGAGGGAGGCAGGGGGGUCAGGGUCAGAGGAAGAGAUAUGUAAUGCAAGCAGAGACCGGAGGGAUGUGACCAGGAGCCAGAGAAUGUAGGCCUCUUCUGGAAGCUGAAACAGACAAGGAAUGGAUUUUCCCCUAGAACCUCCAGAAGGAACUCAGCCUUUGAUUUUUGUUUUUGUUUUUUUUUUUUAAUCGAAGUAUGGUUUAUUUACAAUGUUGUGUUAGUUUCAAGUGUACAGCAAAGUGAUUCAGUUAUACAUAUAUAAUAUAUAUAUUCUUUUUCUGAUUCUUUUCCAUUAUAGAUUAUAAGAUAUUGAGUAUAGUUCCCUGUGCUAUACAGUAGGUCCAUGUUGUUUACCUAUUUUAUGUAUGGUAGUGUGUAUAUAUGAAUCCUAAACUCCUAAUUUAUCUCCCCUCCCCCCAUCUCUGCUAUCCCCUUUGGUAACAUUUAGUUUGUUUUCUAUGUCUGUGAGUCUAUUUCUGUUUUGUAAGUUCAUUAGUUUUUUUGUUUUGUUUUUUUUCAGAUUCCACACACACGUGGUGUCACAUGACAUUUGUCUUUCUCUGUCUGACUUACUUCACUUAAUAUGAUAAUCUAGGUCCACCCAAGUUCAGCCUUUGAUUUUAGACCCUAAGACAUAUUUUGGACAUCUGACCUUUAGAAGUGCAAGAUAAUAAAUGUGUGUAUUUUAAGCCACUAAGUUUGUGGUAAUUUGUUACAGCAGCCAUAGGAAAUACUCCCUUAUCCUGAUCUUUAAUUUUUCCCACAGAAGCUUUCACUUCCAACCAUAUGCUUACUUACUGUGUUAAUUGUCCAUAACCUUCUCCCUCCCCUUAGAACAGCACUGUCCAAUAGAAACAGAAUGUAAGCUACACAUGUAAUUCUAAAUAUUCUCGUAGCUACAUUUUUUUUUUCUUUUUUUUUGCUCCAUUGGGUCUUCGUUGCUGUGUGCAGGAGUUCUUUAGUUGGGGCGAGCAGGAGCUACUCUUUGUUGUGGUUUGCGGGCUUCUCAUUGCAGUGGCUUCUUUUGUUGCGGGGCACAGGCUUUAGGUGCGCUGGCUUCAGUACUUGCAGCACAUGGGCUCAAUAGUUGUGGCACACAGGCCCUAGAGUGAGCAGGUUUCAGUAUUUGGGGCAUGUGGGCUUCAGUAGUUGUAGCACACGGGCUGAGUAGUUGUGGCUUGAGGGCUCUAGAGUGCAGGCUCAGUAGUUGUGGCGCACAGGCUUAGCUGCUCCUUGGCAUGUGGGAUCUUCCCAGACCAGGGAUCGAACCCAUGUCCCCUGCAUUGGCAGGCAGAUUCUUAACCACCAUACCACCAGGGAAGUCCAUUUAGCUACAUUUAAAAGUAACUAAAAAGAAACCAGUGAAAUUAACUUUAAUACCGUAUCUGAUAUAACCCAAUAUAUCGCUUCAACAUGUAAUCAGUAUUUUUGUGUUAGUGAGAUAUUUAACAUUCUUUUUGUGUGUAUCCUAAAUCUUCAAAUUCCAGUGUGUUUUAUACUUCAGCACAUCUCUAUUUGGACUAACCACAUCGCAAGUGCUCAAUAGCCACCCAGGGCCUGUAGCUACCAUUUUUAGACAUUGAGUGCAGCCUUAGAAUGGCAGCUCCAGGAGGCUAGGGUUCUCUGUUUUGUUCCAUAGCUGUAUCCCCAGUGCCCAGACAAAUGCCUGGCACACAGUAGAUGUUCAAUAAAUACUUGCUGAAUGAUUCCAUGAACAAAGUUUCUGUGGUAGGCUGAAAAUGGCUCCCCGCAAAAAUACCCAUCUCUUCAUCUCUGGAAUCCAUGCAUGUUACCUUAUUUGGAAAGGGGUCUUUGUAGAUGUUAUCAGAUUAAGGAUUUUUUAUUUUUUUCCAUGCUGCAAAGCUUGCAGGAUCUUAGUUCCCAGACCAGGGAUUGAAUCCAGGCCCACGGCAGUGAAAGCUCGAAGUCCUAUGGACCGCCAAGGAAUUCCCAAGUUAAGGAUUAAAAUGGAGAGAUUACCUAGAAUAUCAAGGGGCACUCUAAAUGCAAUCACGUGUCCUUAAGGCAAAGGAAGACUUGACACAAACAGGAGACGGCAGUGUAAAGACAGAGCAGAGAGAGAUUUGAAGAUGCUGGCCUUGCAGAAUGGAGUGAUGUGACCACAAGCCAAGGAACACCUUCCAGAAGCUAGAAGAGGCAAGGAACGGAGGCUCCAGAACAAGUGUGGCCCACCUGACACCUCGAUUUCAGCCCAGUGAUACUGAUGUCUAA